AUGAUAAGACACGGAUAUCUAUACGCCGUACUCUUGACGCUGCUGCUGCUGAGCAACUCCAGUGCCGAGUUAAAUGACAGCGCUUGGGCGCUGCUUCAACAGCCGUAUAAUAAAGCUAAUGUAAGCAAUUGGUCGCAGGCACAGCCCAAGGAUCUGGUGCUGACAGUCAAUACGCCGACUGAGACGGCGGCUGCUGCUAAUUAUGGCGCUUUGCUGGCCAAGAGUUCUGUCAUCUACAAUCUCAUGGAGUUGGCCAAUAGCAGCAACGUAAAUCCCAUUUGCCAUGCCCAAUUGAAACACGUGCAGCGCGGCAUCCACAGCAAACAGCCUUGGGCUAUAAGGGUGCUCGAUGCCUCAGGCUCCAAGUCAGCCGGCUUUGUCUUUGGCCAAAACUAUUGGCUGGGCAGCCGCGAAGGCUGCAGCACCAUUGAUCGUCCCGUGGGUGUGACACUCUCGCGUAACUACAAGCGCAUUAUGCACUAUGGACUCAUUACACAGCAGUCGCCCUUUAAUCUGGAUUAUCGCGUCAUCUAUCUGCGUCACAACUCUCCAUGGCAAGUGGAGGUGAAGCUAAUGUCAGAGCAGAUCUUACACAUUGGUCUGUGCCUGCCCAGCGCUUGUCAGUCCAGCGAAAUACAGCAGCUCACGGAGCAGUAUGUGUCAGGCAGCUUCAGCGACAAUGACAUCUUUGAAAUGCGUCCUGAAGUGCUUUACAUGAAGGAUCUGAAGCUGCGCGAUGUAUUCUAUCAGCGUCUGAGCUUCAAGCUGGUAGUGGGUGCUCUGCUGCUCACCUGCGCUUUUAUGUUGUGUGCGCAGCAGUUGAACGUGGCCAAACAGCUGCCGGCGGAGGAACCGCAACUGGGUGUAGCGCUAGCGCCUGUGGAAUCCGAAUUUUGGACUGCUCUGCAUUGGUUGCUCAAGUGGCAACCUUUGCAGCAGCUUGUCAGCUGCUAUGAUGUAGCCAAAAAUUAUGGCAAAUUAAUAAAAACACAAGAAAACAGCGCUGCGCAGAUUCCUGUGCUCAAUGGACUGCGUUCGGUUUGCGCCCUUUGGAUUUUGAUAUUCCAUGUGGUCUGGUAUAUGUAUUUUACGGUUCACAACAAAACUGUGCUCAUAUCCUAUGCGGAGCAGAUCUUCUUUCAGUACGUGUCUACAGCUCCUUUGCUGGUGGAUGUCUUCUUUACCAUCAGCGGCUUUUUGCAAACUUACAACUUUAUGCGCAAUACGCAGCAAAUGGAAGCAGUGCGUCAGAAUGGCUUGCUCUCUAACCUCAAGCUUUAUGGUAAGCUGCUCUUUCAUCGUUAUCUGCGCUUGGCUCCACUCUAUCUGAUAGUCAUGGGCAGCGUGGACUUGGCAUUCGCCUAUAUAGGCGAUACUUCAGUUUAUCAUAUCAAUGAACGCUUUGAUGAGCUCUGCACGCAGCAUUGGUGGCGCAAUCUACUCUUUAUACAGAAUCUGUUUGAUCAUCGCGAAAUGUGCGCCAACUGGUCCUGGUCCUUGGCCUGUGAUAUGCAGUUCUUUGUCAUAGCCAAUGCUCUACUCUUUCUCUAUGCCAAACGCCCCAAGUGGGCUAAAACGCUUGUAGUUGCAGCCUUUGCUGCCAACAUUGUCUGGUCCUAUGGCAUUGGCAUCAACACCAAGUUCGAGUUCUCCUUUGACUCCACCUAUGCUACAGGCACACAGAUCUACAUAAGUCCAUUUGUGCGUGCGCUGCCUUAUAUAGUGGGUGCUAUUGUCGCCUGGUGUCUGCGGGAGCGUCGUCUUCAGUACGAUUUGAGUGAAGUGCAGCUGCGUUGGCUUUGGCACUUUUGUCUGCUGGUCUUCAUUGUCUGCAUCUACUCCACGGUCAAGCGUGAUUUGGGACAUCUUAUAACCAUUUCCUUGUUUACGCUGGGCAGAGUGUGCUUUGCCUUGAGCAUUUGCUGGAUGAUUGUUGGCAGCGCUUUGGGGCGUGGCGUCUGGUGGUCACGUCUAUUGGAGGCAAAGUGCUUUCAGCACUUGAGUCGCUUAUCCUAUGCCAUUUAUUUGUUAAAUCCAUUGGUAAUAGCGUUGAUAUACGGGCUAACCAGCUCCAGCACUCAUGCUGAUCCUUUCAUGCUGUGCGUUGUCAGCUGUGGCUUUACUAUGAUUGUCUAUUUGCUGUCUAUUGUGUUCUCGCUGGCAUUUGAGCUGCCCUACAGCAAUUUAUCAAGUUUAUUACUUGGACAGCGCUCCACUAAACCAAAAACUGUCUAAC